GCGGCGGCGCAGCGGCUGGCAGUGCCGGACGGGCAGCAGUGGCCGCAGCAGCGGUGUGAGACGGGCAGCAGUGGCCAUAGCAGUGGAGUGAGCCUGUGACGUCAAUCUGGAUCACAUCGGCGCGACGCUGGCGAGCCGGUCGUCGGCGACUGACCAUGAAGGAGGGCGCGCCGGCCGAGCCUAGGUCAGCCCCGAGGUCAGCGGCGGGCGGCGGCGCGGCCGCCGCGCCCGUCACCAACUUCGAGUACGACGACAACGAGUGGGACGUCGGCAUCGGCGACCUCAUCAUCGACCUGGACGCUGACAUCGAGAAGAACAACGACGGCGGAGGCGCCAGCCCGGGCGCGACGGCCGACGCGGCGGGCAUGGGUCUCAAGCCGCCGCACGCCGGCGCCGGCGACAAGGGGCUCAAGAUGAAGAUCAAGCGGCGUUCGGAGGCCAAGCACGAGAUCGUGCACUCGGACAGCGGCGCCAAGGCGGCGGCCGGCGAGGACGGCCGCGCGCCGAGGCCGGCCGCCCGGCGCGGUGGCGCGCAUAAGAAAGAGCGGCGCGAGAGAGACGUGGUGAAGGUGGAGGGCGCACCAGCGGCGGCGGUGGCGGGCUCGCCGGAGCCGCCUGUCGACGCCGACUCGCAGCCGCUGGCCAAGCGGCAGAAGACGGAGACGCCGGUGCCGGGCGUGUCGGACGUCAGCGUCGGCACGGACGGCCACGUGAGCCAAGGCACGCUGGUCGAGCCCGACUGCCUGGGGCCCUGCGAACCGGGCACCACAGUCAGCCUACAGGGGAUCGUCUGGCAGGAGACCCAGGGCGGCGUUCUGGUGGUGAACAUCACCUGGAGGGGCAAGACGUACGUGGGAACCCUGCUCGACUGCACGAGACAUCACGACUGGGCCCCGCCACGCUUCAGCGACUCACCGACAGGGGAGCUGGAGUCGCGGACGGGCAAGGGCCGGGGUAAGCGAGGCCGAGCCGCCGCCGCCGCCGCCGCCGCCUCGGCCGCCGCCUCCGCCGCCGUCGACUCCAGUGUGCCCGAGACGCGCGCCUCCGCGCAGAGUAAGCUGCGCAGUCACGGCAAGGGCCGCCGCACCACGGCCAACUCAGCGGGCGCCGGGUUCGCCGCGCCCGCCAGCCCGGCGCGCCGCAAAGGUCGCACCGUAGAGCGCGAGGCGGCGGCUGACCGGACGCCGACCAAGCGCAGCCGCACCAGCUCUCAGACGAGCCAGCCGGAGCCGCUGAUCGAGUGUCCCGAGCCCAACUGCUCCAAGAAGUACCGUCACGUCAACGGGCUGCGCUACCAUCAGAGCCACGCGCACCAGAACGGCGUGAGCGAGGGCGAGCGCGAGGCGGCUGGCGGCGCUGAGCAGCGGCCCACGCAUGCCAAGGUGCACAUCAGCGACAGCAGUGGCAACGUCAAGACGUCGGGCGUGCUGCGCUUUGGGCCGGCGGCCGUAUCCGUGGUGCAGACGGCAGCCAGCGUGGAGCCGGCGCGCUCGGCCCCUGCUGCCUUCCCUCCUGCGACGACCAGCGCGUCGCACGCGCCGCCGGCAGUGACCACAGUGUACCCGCCGACGACGGUGGGAGCAGCGCACGCGCCGGCCGCGGCGACGCCGGGGCAGCCGCCAAGCACGACGGCGAUGCUGUACCCGCCCGGCACCACGGCCAUGAUGUACCCGCCCGGUACCGUGCAGUCGUACUUGUCGAGUGCUGGAGCGUCCGUGUCCCGGCCGUCGACGGUGGCGGCGGCGGUGUGCGCGUCGAGUUCGGGCCGGUCUGUGUACCCGGCCCCCACGGCCGCGACGGCGUACCCGCCCGUGACGGCGAGCACGCUGUACCCGCCGGGUUCGGAGGGGCUCAUGUACCCGCCGCCGCCGGCCGGAGCGCCCUCUUCCGUGUCGCACCUGAAGCCGAUCCAGCCGAAGCCGACCAUCAUGGGCGAGCCGGUGGCCAUCAACCCGGCGCUCGAGGCGCUGCGCAAGGAGAAGGAGCGCCCCAAGAAGCGGCGUCGCGAGAACGGCGUGCGCACGCCGUCGGGCAGUCCGCGGCCCGAGGGACGUCGGGAGGAGACGGUGCGCCCGUCCAAUCCGGGGCCGGCCGAGUACCCGGCAGGCCGCGUGCCGUACUAUUCGUACCCGUACCUGCCGGGCUACGCGUACCCGCCGAUGGACCCGGCCGGCUACCCUGUGCCGAUGAGCUCGCCCUCGCAGGCCAAGCGGCCGGCGCCGCCGGCGCCGCCGCCAACCAAGGAGGCCAAGCCGCGCCUGCUGGAGACGGCACGUUCGCCGGCGGCGCUCGGCUACCCGCCGUUCGGGCUGGCUGGCUUGCCGUACAACCCGCUGCUGGUGGGCGGCGCGCUGCACCACGCUCGCUUCCCGGCGCCACCGGCGGCGCCGGAGGACCUGAGCCGACCUGGCCUGGCGCCACGGCCCGGCGAAAUGGUCGGACACCGCCCCGGGCCCUUCUUCUCGCCGCCACACAAGAUCCUCGAGCUGCAGGAGCGCGCCCGCAAGACGCCCACCUCGUCCUCGCCGUCUGCGGCGGCGUCGGUGUCGGCGGCGGCGGUGGCAGCAGCGGCGGCGGCGGCGUCCUCCGGCGGGAGCCCGCACCGGAAGCCGGCCAGCCCGCUGACUGUUUCGGCUCCCAGAGGGCAGCCGCCGGCCCCGCUCGGCUUCCCGCCUGCCGUUGGCUUCAACCCGUACGCAGGCGUACCAGCCACCGGGCACACCCCGAGCUUCUCCUCCAUCCAGUAGAAGCCGGCGCCAGCAGCCGGCCCUCUGGACCCAGCUGUGAUAACGUGUGCGUCUGGUCAGACCUCCGUCACUGUCGCCGGUCGGCCGCGUCGUGACGUCAUCCGGCGCCGAACGCCCACCCGCCCGUGUGCCCCCUCACAUUUCACAUAUCCCUGAAUGGCCAGCGUGUACAAACGGCCGCCCCGCGCCGCCGCCGCUGUUGUGGCGUGAGCGCUCUCGUUUGUUUGCUCCGGCGAUGUGCGGCAGUAUUGGCGCACGUCGGCGCCUGGCCGGGUUUUAUCUGUUUGCGUUUAGAGGUGUCUAUUUAGACUGGCUGUGUUCUGCAUCAGCUGCGGGAGUAUUCCAAGAUGGCGGAGUCUCUGUACCCUGUGUCUUCGUGCUUUCGUCUUUAGAAAGGCUGUUGACAGGCUUGUUGAUGGGUCUGCAGGGAUGUGCAUUAACCAACAGACAAAUGUAUAGGACGUUUUCCAGUUGUGUAGGAUGUUUUCCAGUGGUGCAGUGUUUUUGAGAUGAACGUAUAUUCAAAGAGUGGCAAUUAUGGAACAUCAAUAAAAAUGGCUUGAAAUAAUGCUGU